CGCUCAAGUGUGAGUGAACGUGCUGCGUUAUAGCACUUUAGUGACAGGCGAGGUACUGUGAGGAGCUGUAGUUAGGCUAUAUAUAUUGAAGCAUUUCUUCAUAAUCCACCGCUGUUUCUAUUCUUUUGGCUGCGCUUCUACAGCACGCGACCGAAGACGGAAUUUCUGACCAAAAGUAGAAGAUGUUUGAAACGGCAACAAAGAAGUUUGUCCGACACAUCGAUCCUUCGGGUGUUCUGAUUCCAGCAUCCAGCCUCAAUGACUCUAAAAACCUCCAACUGCUUGCAGUGGUACUGAAAAGCAAGAAAUGUUGGUUUUGGCAGCGAAUCAAAUACAGACCAACAGAAUUUACACUCAAUAACCUGCUGAAGGAGAAAAAAACACAGCUCAAACCAGAGUGUAAGAAGGAAGAGUUUGUAAAGUACAAUGAAACAAACAGAAAGGAUCUGGUUGGAUCUGCAGAGGUUGGAGGCCCUGAUGUUACCUUAAAUUUGAAUGGACGGAGCAUAUCAAAACUUUAUUUAUACCUCGGGACACUCCAGAAGGAAUAUUUGGAUAUUCCAAAACUUCUGAACGACACUAGAGGAAGAAAGCUGGACCUAAAACACUCUUUAAUCAAGCAGUCCAAAAGUAAGAACAAGACCUUUGCCAUCCUUAAAGAGCGAAUCUUCACCACCCGUAACUGCAAAAUUAUUUGGAACCAAGAGGAGAAAAGCGGAUGCCAUGCUGUGUUUACAGGGUGUUUGAAUAAGAUGUCCAUUGAAGGCAGUGGUAAACAACACCAUGGUUCUGAAACUAAAUUAGACAUUCCACCGGACACAGUAUUGGCUUACAGUGUCAUGGAAAUAAGCAUCGAUACAGAAGGUUGUUUCGAGUUGUGCCUUUUCCCAAGAGGAUUAGACACAGAUGAAACGUCUGAGAUUCCCUCUCCCGUUCCCUCUGAAGUGGAUGGUCAGUGUGCACUGAUGCAGAAAGGUUUCCCACUUCACACCCAGAAGAAAGCACUUUCAGAUGUACAGACACGCUUUUGUGCACUGUCUGACCUGUCUAUUGAUCUCCGUUCCUCCAUCUUGAUCCUGUUGAGAAAAAUUAUGCUGGACCGAACUAUCUUGUCAGCUUUGGCGGACACACUCGAAACCUUGAGCAGUGACGAAGCUCCAUGUUUCUUAACCAAAGAGCCAUCUCAAAAACAGAGCCAGAUUAUCAAUGAAUUUUUGCACUUACUUAAGUUGGAAUUACAUGAAAAUAAUCAACAUCCCACAUCGACAUUGUCCAUUUCUAAUGGAUGUCAGAAAUCAACAGCCAAUCACAGCCAUCCUGUCAUGGUGCCUGAUCAGAAUGGUUGUCACAGUGCCAAAUCCAAUCAGAAUGGAUGUUCAAAAGCAGCAAGCAAGCCAAACAUGGAUCUCAUAUAUGCCAUGCAAAUGCUUCUCUGCGCUCUUGAGGAACUGACGGAUGCAGGACUAAAACUGCUAGAACCCUUCUGCACUUCUGAACGUCUCAACUGUCUUCAGGAUUUAGUCAUUCAUCUGACUUUCAAUGUCACGCCACUCUGCAAGGACACAGUUCCUGUUUCGCUUCAAGAUGAGGAAGAAUUCCACAGAAUGGAGGAACUUUUUAAGUCUUGCAAUGUUUUACUAAAGAAAGAGAAUGACACGAUUACCUCAGAAAUGGCAUGUUGUGUGGGAUUCCUUCCUCUUGUACUCUGCAUUGCCAUUCAUGGCCUUGCAUCACUUAGCACUGCGUGAAAAGCGUCAGUACUUUGACUGAUAGCAUAAAUUGGGAUGCUACAGUUUUCUUAAUAACCUUAGAAAUGUAUACAGUAGCCUACAUGA